GGUACAACCCACUGAAGACAGCCAAGAUGAAAAUCAAAGACAUGACAUUCAAGGAGGGGCAAGAGUUCAAGAUCCGCAUCAAGCCCAAGGACGACUGCAGUUACUUUUCCAUCAACAUCGGCCACGACUCUGACAACAUCGCGCUGCACUUCAACCCACGCUUCGACAGCAAUGGUGACACCAACGUCAUCGUCUUCAACUCCUUGUCCGGGGGAAGCUGGGGAGACGAGCAACGCGAGGGAAACUUCCCCUUCGUGCGUGGGGAGGAAUGCAAGUUUUACAUCAACUUCAACAACGAGCAGUUUUACCUCAAGCUUCCUGAUGGCUCCAUGCUGAACUUCCCCAACCGACUGGGAGACGUCAAGUACAAGCACUUUGAUGUCAGCGGCGACGCGAGGAUCAUCGGCAUCAAGAUCAAGUAGAACUUCUUGACUCUUGACCUGUCCACCGUGUGUGUGUGUUGCUCUAAUAGUCUGUUGUACAUUACUGAACCCAGGCCUUGUAAUUCAUCCUUUCUCCAGCUGAGGCGUGUGGUAAGAAUAACACUUGAGAUGUACACCAACAAGGAGUGCUGAUGCUGUAAUGAGAUGAAAUGACCUAAAGAGGGAGCCACAGCACAUCUUACCUCACUGUGUCUGCUCGAGGUCUCAUCCGUUACUGGGUUUGUUAAUAAAUACUGAGACGAAAA